AUGUGUAUUUAUUAUUUAAUAAUAUGCAAUGAGGUUUGGAGGAAAACUUCCUUUGAGAAAACGUCACUUCAGGUGGCUGCAUUUUUAAGCUGUGUAUAAAGAAAACAUCGUGGCAUAGCUACUAUGCGAUUUGAUGACAUUUUGAAGGCCGUUGGAGAAUUUGGACCGUAUCAAAGAUGGAUUUUUAUUUUGAUAUGUCUGCCAAUUAUCUUCAUAGGUAUAUCUGACGUAAACAACGCACUACUGCUCUUCUCGCCAAAACACAGGUGCGCUGAGAGUGGUGUGCAUAACAACACAAAGUGGUACUCAGAACGGACAGUAAAUUUUUCCGGGAGAUUUAUACAGAAUGCAGGGAAAGAUGUUUGCUUCACAUAUUUAAUAAACUCAUCGGAUGAAAACGCUACUUCUCUCAAACAGCCGUGCACGAUCUGGACAUACGACCAGUCUGUAUUCAUAGAAACCUUCGUUUCACAGCAUAACCUGGUAUGUGAAGAUGCAAAUAUCCCAGCAUACAUACAGAUUUUCAUGUACUCCGGAGCGCUGACAGGAUCACUAUUUCAGGGAUUUUUUGCCGACAGAUUUGGUCGACAACGUAUGAUAUGCUACGGUCUUUUCUUCGUGUUCGUAUCGGGACUAGCUUCAGCAUGGUCGCCAAAUUAUUAUAUAUUUGCUAUAUUACGAUUCAUCCAGAUUAUGACAUCAAGGGGUGUAUAUAUAUCAUCAUUCAUUCUAGCUAUAGAAAUGGUCGGACCUUCAAAACGUCAAUGGGCCGGUUUUCUCUUCAAUUAUCCCUAUUCCGCUGGCAUAGCUCUGCUAGCUGGGAUAGGAUAUGGUCUACGACACUGGCAAUAUAUCCAGAUAGCCUGCACAGCGCCGAUUAUCCUGUUUGUGGUGUAUUGGUGGGUUAUUCCCGAGUCCCCACGAUGGUUGAUAAGUCAGGGAAAGAUAGACCAAGCCAGGAAAACAGUUUUGAAAAUGGCCGCUUCCAGUAAUACCAUCAAUUGUGUCCCUUUGCCUGCUGACAUGCAUGAAAAGACAGAAAGAAAUGUGAAUAAAAAACAAGGCAUCGUUGAUUAUUUCAAACGGCGCUCUCUGCUUUGUCAGUCAUUGGUUAUAUUUUUCAAUUGUUUCGUGGUUUUCCAUUGCUUCUUCGGCUUUACACUGAAUACCGGAAACCUGGCAGGAAGCUUCCACUUGAACGUCCUACUCAGUGGUCUCGCUGACCUCCCUGGCUAUACAAUAGCCCUCUUGUCAGCUGGCAGGAUGGGUCGGAAGAAAUUAUAUAUCUUGGGCAUGGUAGUAGCAGGAUUGUCGCUAUUGGGAAGUGGUGCUAUAUCAGUCCUAGCUACAGAAGAUUUUAAAAUUGCCUCUAUUGUGUUGGCAAUGAUAGGAAAGAUUGGAAUGGCAGUGGGGUUCAGUGUAAUAUAUAUAUGGUCGGCAGAACUUUUCCCAACAGUGGUCCGAAACACCGGUAUGGGAUUAAGUACUUCUCUUGGAAAUCUAGGUUAUAUGGCGGCCCCAGCAGUUGCAAGAUUGGGAACCGUGGUUCCUGGAAGAAUGGGGAAUGCAGUGCCUAUUUUUGUGUUUGGUUUUCUCUGCCUUAUUGCAGCCUUCAUGACGUUGAUCCUGCCAGAAACACAAAAUGCGCAUCUUCCGGAAACGGUCGCGCAUUCCAAGGCCAUGAACAGAGAAAUUAGAUAUAAACUCGGUAAAAAAGAACCACUUGAUGAACGUAUUAAUUUAUCCGUAUGUAAUUCAUAAAAUAUAUGUAACAUACAGUAUGUAAAUUAUUAGAUAAGUUCGUGACUGUAUAGUUUUGUUUUUCCCCAUGACUCAUGUUUGAUUGUUCUGUUAUUGUGUUUAAUUGUUCUAUUAUUGCAUUUAAUUUUUGUAUUAUCGUGUUAAUUUUUUUCAAAUAAUGUUAAUUGUUAAAUUAAUAAGUCUAUUUUUUGUAAUUAUUGUGUUUAAUUGUUCUACACCUUAUUGUGUGACGUUUACGACAUUAUAUAGCUACUUUGGAAUAACCAUUGACAAACUGAGAUCUGAAGACCUACACUGCAGAUGGCAACUUUUUAUAAAAUGUGCAACAUACAGAAAGGUGAAUCUUAUAUUUAAGUGUAAAAUCUCCGAUAUUGUUAUAUAGUGAAUAAGACUAUAUUGUUUCACGUUCAUUUACGGUUUAUUUUUUGUUGAUAUAGUAAGUUUACAUAAAUUCAACAAUUUAUACUUAA